AUGCUCCAGCCUGCCUUUGAAAUGCCAUCUGUUAAUUCUCUUCUAUCACUAGAGAUUAGCAACAUUAUAUAUGCUGGUUGUAGUGAUGGCUAUGUUAAUCUAAUCGACGCUGUGGAUUUCACACUGUUAAAUGCUUUCAAAUGCCAUGACCAACCAAUUUAUUCGCUCUCUACCGCUGGACCAUGUGAAUUUCUCAGUUGUUCGGAGGAUGGGGUUUCCUGCUUUUGGGAUCAUCGAGCCUCCCGUGAAACCUGGAAACCUUCCCUUGCUUUUACUCCUGGAGACAUACCUGAACUUCAGCGUCCCUGCUUGGGAGGCUGGCUUACUGUGGGUUUUGUUCAGUCUAACGAUCCCGAUUGGUUUGUUCUUGGUGGCGGUCCGAAACUCUCUUUGUGGAAUAAACGAGCUGGUAGGCCCACUGUCAUUUUGGAACCAAGGGAACAGUCACCACGUUGGUACCCGCUUGUUGGCAAGUUUGUUAAUGCUCAAGUCGACCCCAAGAUCGUUGCUGGUGGUACCUCUGGCAGUCUUAUCGCAUGGGAUUUUUCUGGUGAUCUGCUUUAUGAAACGUGUAGCCAGGAGGAUCCGUCUCGACGAAUGACGUCUAUACUCACGGUAAUAGAAGUGCCGAGGAAGGAAUCUGACUUAGCUGGGCCACUUCUGGUGGGGGGCUUAAGUCCGUCCAUCCACCUCGUUUCUCGCAUCGGCUAUCCAUCCAAGCAUGUUAAACUAGCUGAUGAAUGGAAUUUUAUCCAAAGCAAACUAAACCCCUUCCACUACCAAAAAUUUAUCAGCUUGAUUAUGGUAGCGAAUCGUCAGAAGAGAGUAAAAAGGGCCACUGGUGAGGUAGUUGCUGAGACUUCUAAGGCCAAAAUUCUCACAAGGCAGGGUAAUGAAGGCCCAGAGUUGAUCUCAAGGGAACCAGGAAAUAGCGCGAGCUUAGAAGGGGGACAGGUGAAGUUCGUCAAAAAGAAACGUCUUUCGGAAGAAACUCACCUCACGGCCACUCCACAAGCUCUCACAGAAUUCCCUCGCGUGGAUGGUGACACUACUGGCAGAAGUCUUGUCAAGACCAAGUCUUUCAGUGGAGUGACCAGAACCAUAGCCCUCGAUUGCGAGUUCGUAGGAGUUGGCUUUGAGGGCAAAGACGACGCUCUCGCACGUGUCUCCGUAGUAAACCAAUUUGGUCACGUUAUUCUCGAUGUGUACGUCCGACCAAAGGAAAGGAUUACCGACUAUCGUACUGGUGUCUCCGGCAUCACACCUCGUCACAUGCGCCAAGGCGGACCCGCCAAGAAUUUCGAUGAUGUCCAAGCUCAGGUAGCCGAACUCUGCAAGGGUCGAAUUCUCGUCGGCCAUGCUAUCCACAACGACUUAAGGGUACUCAUGCUGUCACACCCGAAGAAGAGUAUCCGUGACACCUCUCGAUAUGGACCCUUCAAAAAGCUAUUUAAGGGCCGCUAUCCCUCUCUCAAGGCACUCUCCGAACACAUACUGGGAGUAACUAUACAGCACGGCGCGCAUGACUCAGUAGAGGACGCAAGGGCCACAAUGCGAAUCUACACGAUGGUGAAGAAGGUUUGGGAGGCUCAAUUGAAGGCGCGGCGAGCGGGGAAACCGGCCAAAGAGAUCCAACGCCUCUCCCAACGUCUUCACUUUCUUUCCAUCCCUGGGAAAAUGACUGAGCCGAUGAAUCAAAAACUAGACAUUACACGGCUAGCCAAGAUAGCCUUGGAUGUGAAGUCCGAAUUCGCAGCAAGUUUACAUCUUUCAAAAUAUAACCAUCAAAGUGUUCAAAAGACUAACAAACGACAUCUUCCAGACAGGAACCCCCUGUGA